CGCUGGUGUAAACGAACUCAAGAGACAUUUUUGUGUGUAUGUUUUCCAACGGCAAAAUAAUUUCUUUCAAACUGAUUUGUGAAGAAUAACAGUUAUGAAAAUCAGACUUCAUACAAACCUUUGCGUCAAAGUGAAAUGGAAACUUGUAAAUAGUUGUCACUAGGCCUAACCAUAAACAAAUUGUAUAAUGGUUACCAAACCAAAAUUUAUUUUUAAACUUUUACUACCUGUAUUAUUACUGCUACUUUUUGGGGAGUACGUUAUAUACUAUGUCGUACUAAUCCAGUGUGGAUGGCCUGUUCUUCAGACAAGCUAUGAAGAGCCAAACAUUGUCAUAGGGGAUGGCGGUGAAGUCAAAGUGAUGCUUGUAGCUGACACUCAUCUUCUUGGAUCUAAAAAAGGCCACUGGUUUGAUAAAUUGAGGAGGGAAUGGCAGAUGCACAGAGCUUUCCAAACUGCAGUCACUUUGCACAAACCUGAUAUUGUGUUUAUACUGGGGGAUGUGUUUGAUGAGGGUCUGUGGUGUAGUGACGCAGAGUUUAACUCUUACGUGCAGCGCUUCCACAGUCUCUUCCAUGUACCGGCUGAGACACAGAUUCAUGUGGUCGUUGGUAACCAUGACAUUGGCUUCCACUAUGGGAUCAGCCCGUAUCUUCAGGAGAGGUUUGCCCAAGCGUUCAAUGCGCCUUCUGUGAGGCUGCUAACAGUCGCUGGAAACCACUUUGUACUGAUCAACAGCAUGGCCAUGGAGGGUGACGGCUGUUUCCUCUGUCGCCCUGCAGAACUGCAAGUUAACAAGAUUGCAUCAAGGUUGCUGUGUGCCAAAGGUGUGGGAAAAUGUCGGAAAGGAAUGGGGCUCAAACAAUACAGCAGACCGAUUCUUUUACAGCAUUUUCCAAUGUACCGAGAGUCGGACGCUGAGUGCAACGAGCCAGACGAAGCUCCAGAAGACGAAAAGGCAAACAAGUUCAAGGAACGAUGGGACUGCUUAUCACAAGAGAGUUCUGAAAUGUUAUUGGACAGUCUGAACCCACGGGUGAUCAUGACGGGUCACACCCACCACGGAUGUCACGUAGAACACAGAGACAACAAGGCUCACGAGUACACGAUACCUUCCUUCAGCUGGCGGAACAAGGACAACCCCAGCUUCAUCUUGGCUGUGUUUUCACCCAACAACUACGCUAUCAGCAAGUGUCACAUGCCCAGAGAAACUACAGUCAUCAAGUUGUACCUGUUUGGAGUUCCUCUCAUCAUCAUAUACGGAUUCUUCUCUUACAGACGCCACUGCCGAAGACCCAGGUUGUUUAAGACUCAUUAGACAAGAAAUUUUACAAGAAAGAGUUUUUAGACUGUCAAGACAUAUUUUAAGGUACAGACUUUAAACACUCAUUGUAUUUUGAAGAAUAUUUGGAUAGGUGAGCUACUUAUGAAAAAAAAUACUGCCCUGAGGUGUUAGUAGACCUGAACAAAAAACCAAAGAUUUACCUUUUUAGGACUUGAGAUUUCAUACAAAUGACUGAUCGUAAGCAGCUUUUUUCCUUUACGUGUUUUAUUUUACUAGAGAAUUAUUGUCUCUAAUUUUUAAGUUCUUGUUUGAUAAAAAUAUUCUUAGGUUGUGGUUUUUUGUUUAAUUUAUCACUAGUGGAAUGUUUACCGGUACAGUAUUCAUAACUUAUUUUAGUUAGUAAUUUUUACCGUAGAAUUUUCAUGGUAAAACAACGUGUACAACAUGACAUCACGUAAAGUUGCAUUUCAGUAACCUUGAAGUGCAUAGUAGUAUUUUUUUUGUAGACACUAUGUUAUGUCUUGCUUACUGUGUUUUUCUUUUUCUGUUAGAAGAAAAGAUUUUACCCAAAACAAACAUUCGUUUAUGUUUAAAAAUUGGAAAAAAACUAAGAAGCCAAAAAAGUUGCAAUUUGGAAACAAAUUAUCUGAGGGCUAAAGUUACAACCACACUUGGCGACCUUGAGACAUAAAAACGUGGGUAACAUUCAUUGAAAUAAACACGGCCACAUCAAGUUAACUGUGACCUGCAACCGCUUGCCACAGCCAAACUAACGCUUUCGAGAACGUCACGUCGCCGCAACAGAUAGGCUCCACCAUGUUAUAUUACGGCACUAGUCACACUCAGUGUCAAAUCAUUCCUGCACUGUUUUACGGUCUAUAUUGUUCAGUUUAGGUUUGACAGUAGUGCACAGUUGGAAACUAUGCUGUUUAAUACACAUUUUUUAUUAACACAAUUAGACACUUGUAUUAAAUGUAACUCUACAAAUAUUUAGUAUCUUGGGCCAAAAAGGGACACCAAGUUUUGAUUCCAAAACUUGGCAUCCCUUGCAAACAGGCUGUGAAUAAAAAAAAAGCUGCGGCGACCUGGUUUCAAAGGGUCAUGUCACUAAGUGUGGUUGUAACCGAAAGGGAAGAAAAAGGGAGAAUGUAUCAAUUAACUUGUUGAUAAUUUCAUAUUAAUCCCAGUGAACUUCAACUGGCUUUUAGCGAAAUCUUUUGUUUGCCCACUUCUUAGAAAAAGCCUUUAGGAAUCAGAAAAAAACUAAUUUUAUUGGAUCAUUUAUGCAUUGUUUAAAGUGGGUUCAUUUUCAAACUCGUGAGUUUAACCUUUUUUGAGGUUUAGGGCUUCUAUAAGCAGUUGUACAAAUUUAAGUCCACUACUUAACUUGAAGUAAUUUAGCAUUUGCUACGAGUAUCAUGUGAUUUAAAGUCUAGCCUUGUGACACAGUUGUCAGUGAAACUUAUUUUUACAAUUAGAAAGUAUGUUACAAUAACCUAGAAAUGGUGCAGCCCUGAGAAAAAAUGGAAUAAUCUCUUGAUCUGUACGAAGCGGAAAAAAGUAGAUGUAUAGUAACAAGUUUUUAAACAAGGUUCUUUUUUUCAUGCAGGUUUAUUUUUCAAAUAGUAGAAAUUUGAAAUCACUACUUUUUAAUUGUAUCCUACUAAUUUAUAUCCCACCAUAGAAGUACAAAAUCAGAGUUUUGUAGAAAGAAAACUCAAAACAUAAGACUCAUCAUAUAUUUUUAAAGCACCUCUUUUUAUUCAAUAAGAAACUUUAACACUGUUACUGUAGCUCAAUAACUAUUGGAGAACGGUAAAAAAAUAUUUUUGUCUAUAUAUCUUCAGAGUUGUAUUUAAAUCGCUAAGUGGUGUGUGUAGUUAUUUGUAAAUAACAAAGCUUCUGUCUGGCUGCUACUGAGAAACAUUUUGUCUAGAUAGGCUAUUUUAACUUAUUACUCAUUCAAUGUAUGGUAUUUGUAAUAUGUGAUACUAGGCUGUGCUACUUCCCGUUCUUGUUUUUUCUUAUAAUCCGAUUCACUUUUGAUAUAUGUGAAUGCUUACGCCUCUCAAAAUGACAUUAGUUUUUUAGUUGGACGUUGUAAGGGGUAUGUUAGUCCAGUAAAGUUUCUAUUGUUUUGUUUAGUUUAUUUUCUUGUUAUAUACUGUUAUAAAAAGUUUUAGGCCCAUUUUAAAUCAAAGAGUUUUUAAGUAAGUUUUGUCCGUGUAUCCUUUCAUCAAUCAUCUCACUAAAAUCUUCAAAGACUAAAAGGACUAAAAGUAGUCAAAGAAAUGACGCUACAGCUGCUAGUUUCAACAGAUUUAUGAUGGCACUGUGAUUAACCCAUCGUUUAUUCAUCGCUUGUGUGUUGUUAUUGAGUUGCACCUCUAAAUACAUGUUUUUUACUUUUCAAAUCCUUAUUUGGCACUGGAAAAUUGAUUUGAAGGAAGCAGUAGGAUAACUAGGCAGUUUUAUCAAUUAGUUUAAAACGUUUAAGGGCUAAGAGUGCUUGGAAUCGUUUGCUACUGUUGGUACUGUUAACAAAGGAGGUUUUUGAGCUUUAACUUGUGUUCUAAAUCCUUAGUUGAACUUUUGAAAACUUAUAUUUUAAGUUGCACUAUCAUAAGACAUACUGUAAUUUAUGCUACUUCCUUAAAAUGUACUCCCUUGUACAUAUAACAAGGUUUAUUUUUAAGACAAUUUGCUUAACUCUUUGUAUUAGUUUAUUAAGAAGAAAUUCAAACCUAGAUUUAUUGGUAAGGCCAUAGAGAAAUAUAAUGAAUAUGGACUGUCAAAGGAAGGUUCCGCGAUGUACCGCUAGGUUUGCCGUGUAGUUAAGCACUGCAGGUAAAGAGCCGUAUGCUACCAGCAGACGCUGCAGCGGUGUGCACCGUUACUACAUGGCACUCCUAGCGGUGGAUGCCGGAACAUAUGCUAACCGCAGCACUGCUGUGAGUCUAUAUUUAUUCUAUUUGUCUAUGGUAAGGCUCUC